AUGACUUUUUGGGGCAUCUCAAGUGCUGGGGCAGCAUUCUGGGCUUUGGGGUCUUCUAGGGCAGCAUUUGAGGUCUUCUAUAAAAUUAUUUGGGGUGGGUUUGGAUGUUUCAGGCCUCUCGGUGUUUUGAGAUUUGAGGACAUUUCAGGGUGUUUCUGGGGCUGCUUUUUGGGGUGUUUUGAGGCACUUGUGCAUGCCGUUUUUGGACAGCUUUCUGGGACACAACAUUUUGGGAUCAGCACUCAUCACCCACCUCCCUGCAGGGUCUGGGAUGCUCUCACCGAUGGCUUCACCCCCCGGGGCUCCCUCCGGCCCUGGCUGCUCCCUGGGGCUGAGGCCCCCGAUGGCACCGACCCCCAGCUCUGCGAGAAGGAGGAGGAGGAGCUCACUGAGAGGAGUGAGCAAGACUCGGGCAUCAAUGAGGAGCCACUGCUGACAGCUGAGCAGGUCAUCGAGGAGCUGGAGGAGCUGAUGCAGAGUUCACCCGACCCCGAGGCCGACCCCGAGGGUGAUGAAGAUGAGGAGGAGGAGGAGGAGGAGGAGGAAGAGGAAGAGGAGGAGGAGGAAACAGAUGCAGAUGGUGAAGGCAAAGGUGGUGGUGGAGGCACGGAGCCCAUCCUUCUGCAUGAGCUGCGUGCUUUCUCCCCUGCCUUCAACAACAACUGCUCCCAUGAAGGGCUGGGGCAGCUGUCGGCGCGGGAGCUGGCGGCGGCGGCGGGGCGAGCGGAGGCGGCGAGCCGGGCGCUGUCGGCGGAGCUGGUGGCCCAGCUGGCGCGGCGAGACGAGCUGGCGUUCGAGAAGGAGGUGAAGACGGCGUUCAUCGGGGCGCUGCUGGCGGUGCAGGGGGAGCAGCGGGAGCAGCGGGAGGCUGCCCGUCGCCGCCGUCGCGACAGGGGGCUGAGCCUGCAAGGGGGGCGCCCCGAACGCGGGAACCACAUGCCCCGGAAGCGAUUCAGCAUGGAGGGCAUCUCCAGCAUCCUGCACUCGGGCCUGCGCCAGACCUUCGGCACCGCUGCCAACGAGAAGCAGUACCUGAACACAGUGAUUCCCUAUGAGAAGAAGGGGUCACCGCCCUCUGUUGAGGACCUGCAGAUGCUCACCAACAUCCUGUUUGCCAUGAAGGAGGGGAACGAGAAGGUGCCCACACUGCUCACGGACUACAUCCUCAAAGUGCUCUGCCCAACCUGAUGCAGCGCUGCCCUCGUGCCCCCCCCCCCCCCAACUCGGCACCCCCCUGAAAAUGGGGCCAAACCUGAGGAAAAAGGGUUGCCUACGCCCCUCCCCUCUCUCUGCACUCCCUCCACCUUUGCACAGCUGGGAAAUAAAUAAUUCGUUUCAUUAAAUAA